UCAGAGUUCUCUGGCUGCCAAACCCUCAAACAACUGGUCGGCAAAAUCUGACCGCGCUUGAAACCGACCGUUGGACACAAAAUUAUACGGGAAUAAUGUUUUAGUUACAAAACAUUACGAGGUUACCGGAGUCUCACCGGGCCUCAGGCAAAACUGUGAAAAGACUGCAUGAACCAACAAACGUCAUUACCAGAUAACCAGUUGUCUCAUAGUAGAACAUGAAAGCAGAACAGACGAUGAUUUUCCGCGACCGGAUCAACGGAUCAACGGUGGUGAAACAUGCAACUGAACGUGGGAAAAGAAACCGAUCUAAUUUCACACUAUAAAUGACAGCAGAACAGACUUCUAUUGUUUGCUGGUAAAUAAAACUUUUGGUGAAGCAGUCGGAGUGUCAAAUGACACACUUCAGUCAGUGAUCGCAUCCGGAAUGUAAUUUCCAGCCGGAACUGAUUUGUGAAACCACAAUGUAAGCUAUUUGAACGCCAAAAAAAAUUUUCCAGCUAGCUAGCUCUCGAUAAGCUAAAUUCUCAGCAAGAUUUUGUUUAAUGCUAAAAUUCCCAGCCAGCUCAACUUUAGUCUGCAGAGCGGAUAUUUUGCGGAGCGGAUCCGACGGGUACUCCUGUUUUUGCGUGUAAAUUCCUACACCAUUAAAUUUUAUUGUGGCUUCAAGUCUUUUUCGUUGUUCAAAUAGUAACACCAGAACCUGCCUGGGUCUCAAAAUGUAAAAUCAAAAGCAACAUAUGUUAUAAAAGUGAUGGUCUUGGAUUUUCAAACAAAGAUCUACUGAUGCCUCAGUGAGUUUGGUAUUUUACCAUACAUCACCUCUCAUAAGGAAAGCCACUUAAACUACAGCUCCUAUAUGACUUCUUUAUAUCUCAACAAAAUUGGAAAUUGCAAAAAUAUGUGGAUUUCUGAUAAGGGGAGGCAUCCAGCCUACCCAGAGAAAAAUGUGCCGAGCAAUGUGAAAACCAACAGCUCCCUUAAGUGAUCAUCAGAUAACUUUUUGUUGCAAUCAGUUAUUAUAGGUCAUAAUAAUAGUACAUGUGGUUUAUAGAAUGUGUUUUAUCUUUCUUCCAGCCUGAAUGGUAUUUUACGCAAGUCUUAAAUUGGGUUAGGAAUCACAGUGACUUCCUUCAACACACUAUACAACCUAUCCUUCAUAGAACAGAGUAUGGCUCAGUGGAUGCCAAGUCUGAAUUUAUCUGUGGCCUGUUAAAAGUUGUUGUGGAAAAGUUGGAGCAUAGCAUUCCAAAGAUAAUUGAUGAUGACAAUGCUUUUUCUCACUUCAUUGAUGAACUACUGUUAUUUGAUAAAGAGCUUUACAUGGUCCACAAGUACCGCUCUAUUGAACAUGGAUGUUUACAUGUUCUAACCACUGGUGCAUGCCUACAGAGAUGGGUGGAGUUAGAAAGAAAAUAUGCUAUAUCAAACAUGGAAUCUGUUCUAUCCUCAUCAUCGGCAUGGACACUGAAGUAUAAAGAUGUAGGUGAUGUAGAUGACACACGGACACCUGAAUGUGCAGAAGGGUUCAUGACACUUCUUUCUGUUAUAACAGAUCGAUAUAGAAAUCUACCAGAAGUCUCCCACCAGGAACAAUUUCUUGAAGUCCAGUUGUUUCUUCUUGAAAGCUUCAUCUCCAGACUGACUCUUGAGGCAGAAGAAACAUCAUUUGCUCCUGCAGGGCUGCAUUACUGUUCAGUGUUGAAUUCUGCUAAUUACAUCAGCCUUAUACUUCAGGAAUGGAGUGAACAAAUGCUUUUCCUCAAACUCUGUCAACACCGCAAUCCAUCUACUGACUCUGAAAGGUGUGAGAAUAUACCCAAAGAGGAAUGCCCCAGAGAAGAUGAUGACGCUAACUCCCAAGAACGGGAUGCGCUUCCAAUGGCUAGUGUAUUUGAGGAAGUUACACAACGCCUACAAGAUUUAAUGGAACACAUGAUCCUUAAAAUUGUAGAGCAUGUUGUACAGGGAUUUAGGAUGUUGAGCAAACCCUACAAGAAAGAAAAGUGGCACAUGUUCCCUCCUUCAAAAGAUAUCAUUCUCUUAGCAUUGUCCUCAUCAGCCUGUGAAAUGUUAUUGUUUAUAAAGGGAAGGCUUCAAAUUCUCCAAGAACAGCUAGCGAGCAUUAUCUUUAACAUGAUAUGGAAGAAUCUUGCACAGGCUCUAAACAAGUGUAUAUAUGAAGAGAUCAUUCUUGAGUGCCAUUUCAAUGAAGGAGGGGCGGCGCAGUUACAGUUUGACUUAACAAAGAAUCUUUUUACAUUAUUUCUGGAAUACACCCAAAAGCCAGAGAAUUUCUUCAAAGAGGUCAAGGAAGCUUGCAUUUUAUUAAACCUUCUGCCAGGAUCUGCUGUGCUGUUAAGAGAUUUGCUCAAGACUUCGGAGAGUGUUAGCGAAGGAGAAUGUAUUUCACCAGCAUGUGCUGCGCUUCAAGAUGCUGGAGUAUAUAGACUGACUUUAGAAGAUGCACUUAAAGUUCUCAACCUGAGAGUACAUUUGCCGAGUGUGUAAUAUGUCACAGCAGUAAUUCACUUGAAAUAAUAUCUGACAACUACUACAAUACAUUAUGAACGUAGAGGCGAAUAGGUCAGAGCUCUGCUCGUAGGGGACAGGGCGAAUAAAACCUUGUAAGCAAAAGCUGAAAAUUCCCUGACAGGAAAGUUAGUAACGUUUUCAAGUCUCAUAGACACGCCUUUGUAACUCAAUCGUGACCUUUUGGAAACAAUUAACUGCCUCAUGUUUCUCGGUAAACGUUUUUCAGCCACCUGUUUCAGCAUUUGUUUUCCGCAAGCCUAUCUAGGUCUCUGAGAAUGCCCGAGAGAUCUUCAGUCAUAUCGUAGACUACAAGCAGCGUCGUUCUUUUCGUAAGAUUUUACGACAGUUCGCUACAUUUGUAUUUUCUCAUACUAUAGAAACAUUUAAGAUGAAAACGAGAAUUCUUAGUCUUGCUAUGCAAGGGAAAAUGUCCCAUAUUAUGUGGACUACACGCAUCAGAGAGGUGGAAACUGAACCUACAUCUGCGUAAUUUGAAGACUCUUUCCAGAGUAAAUUUAUAUUAUUAUUGAACAAACAAGUAUUCCAGAUGAUAAAUUAUUUUAAUAUUGGUCAACACAAUUCAUUAAAUUGGACAAUCCAGAAGUGAAAUCUUAAGAUUGGAAUUUAUAUUAGAAUAUAUGGCUGUAUAUAAAGGUUUUAGAGCGGUUUUCAACUGAUUGUCGUAGAACCUAAACGAAAAUAAUCAAUCUAGCCAAUCACAAAUUACAACAAACCAGAGAGCCAAUCAAAACUCAAAACAGAUACGUGAAGCCGAUGUGAAGCGUGAAAAAAUUUGUGAGAGCGAGUCACGAUUGGUUUUACCUCUUUGACUGAGAAUAAUGUGAAGUGCGGUUUUACUUCUGAUUGGAUGACAAAGUGGCGCACGUUUUUGUAGCCAACUGCUUUGCGUAGCAAUACAAAACCAAAGAAAUUCGAAAUUGCUUUCGACACUGACGUGAAAACCGCUCUAACACGAAAAGCAACUUAUUAAAUAAGAAAAUUAUUGUUAGACAACAAAAUACUGACACCAUACUUAACGCCUCCACCCACAAACCUUGGUAUUCCCGCGCAGAGUUUCAAUUUAUGCUACUUGAAAUUAACGGCCAUCACGCUGUCAUGUAAAUAUGUAAGUUUUAAUCAAAUUUAAUCAAUAAAGAUAAUAAUUAUUGUCGACUUACAGUAUGUCAUAUUGCAGUUUUUUAGCUCUGCAGUGCACUAAUUAUUCGUACUCAAUACCCCACCGCCAUGAGGGUUAUUCAACUUCACAACUCUUAUUCGAUUCAAUUGUGUCAAUUGAUUUCGUUUUCCCUUAGGACUUCCUAAAAGUUCUUUUGUUCUUGUUUCCGGCAUUAUGUAGAGGUUUCAUUGUUUGCUAUGACCAGUUUCAUCUUUAAUAAUCUUUAAUAAGUAUACUCCUGAAACAGUGGAACUAUACUAGGAGUUGAAAAUAACAUAAUAAAAGCGCGUA